UUCCUGAAAAAGAUUUAUCAUGUUGUGACGCAAAACAUUGUGUUUUGUCUUUUGACUUGUGUUGUACCAUUACGCACGAAAGUGCGCUAUUUAGGAAAUAUUUAAACACGACGCAUUUUUAAGUCUCUUCCUCCUGCUUUGCAUGUGAAGAACGCGCUCAUUUUACCUUCAGUGUUUUUUCAUUUUCAAAUCAACAUGUUAUUCUGAUGACAAGUGUGGAGACUUUGCUCAAUGAAGACAAAAAGUUCUGUUUUGAUCGCUUGAUUCACCAAUAUGGUCAGAAUUACAAUUGAGUUACUUCGUAAGCGAUCAGAACACAAUGAAGGAGAAAUUUCAACUUUGGAAGAGUUAUCCCUCCAUCAAGAAGAUAUCGAGAAGAUUGAAAACCUCCAAAACUGGUGUCGAGAAUUACGUAUUUUGCUAUUGCAAUCUAAUCUUAUACCAAAAAUAGAAAAUCUAAAUAAAAUGAAAAAACUGGAAUAUUUGAACCUAGCUCUAAAUAAUAUAGAGCGCAUUGAAAACCUGGAUAGAUGUGAGUCUUUGGAGAAACUUGAUCUGACACUUAACUUUAUUGGAGAGCUCACGAGUGUGGAAUCUUUAAAAGCAAACAUACAUCUUCAUACACUGUAUUUAACUGGAAAUCCAUGUACAGAGUUCAGCGGUUACAGAGAUUAUGUAAUAGCAACUUUACCACAGUUGCAGAUCCUCGAUGCAGACACCAUUUUAAAAUCAGACCGUAUUAAGGCUUUACAGCGUUAUGAGAUGGUGGCCCAGAUAAUCAUGCAACAACAGGAAAAUUAUAAAAGUAAAAGGGACAAACAACGCCAAGACCAUCAACAAAAAGGGCUUAAAAAUGAAUCAUCUAAAAAAAUGGAUGAUCCUGAAGAAUUAAAAAAAUUUUGGGAUGAACUAUGUGAUAAUUCACCAGAGACUCGGGUGGAGCUGGCUACAGUUAGUCGGAAACAAAAAGAACAGGAAAAGAAGAGAGAGACUGGAUGUGAAGACAACAACCCCAAGAGAACUAUCAGACUCUUCAGAGAUGAUGGUCAACCUUUGAGUAUUAAUGAACCAAGGAUUCCUUUUACCUUGACAGAAGAUAAUGAACACAACAGCUUGGUUCUCAAUAUUGAAAUCUAUAGACAUCUAGAUACAUUAUUGAUUGAGGCGGAUGUACAACCUAAAUAUGUACGAGUGUACAUUAAAGGAAAAGUAUUCCAGAUAGUCCUACCAGAGGAUGUGCAUCCUGAUAAGUCCACUGCAAAGAGGUCUCAAUCAACAGGACAUCUAGUGAUUGAGAUGCAAAUGGUAAGAGAAGCAAAUGCUAGAAGUCCUUCCCAAAAUCAGGCAUCAAAAAGUACAAAUUAUUCAAGCAUUCCACCUCCAGUAAAUAAUUCAAGAAGAGAGUAUUUGGAGAUAGGAAAAGCUGACACAUCAAUGGAUUUUAGCCAAAUCACAAGUACAUUACCUAAAACUAUAGACAGAAGCUGUCUUUUGGAUUUUAAACAUCAGACUAAGGCAGUAAGUGAAAAACCGGUGUCAGCAUCAUUUCAGGACAAUCAAGAGGUUCCACCCCUUGAGUAAGUGGUUUUGAGUCUAGAAAAAUUUUAGUCAUAAAAAGUGCUAUCAUA